AAUAAAUUGUAAUGACAGAAAAAGAGAUGACAUAAUAAUGGAAUUCCAGUUUUAAAAUGAAAAAGAGUGGGGAAGGUAGUACUAUCUAUUGUUGCUAGAAGGGGUGAGGGAGGACGAUGGUACUGAUAGAUGCGAGUGGGCCGCUGCUUAACACAUUUCCGGGAAAGUAAAGAUCAAAGGAUAAAAAGUGUUGGUAUCUGGCUGACAUUGCUGAUGGAAGAAUCACAUUGUACAUCGAGCUUCCCUGUGGGAGAUUGUUUAUCUCCGCAAUGCGCGUAUUCAGAUGGUCGUAUAUCCUCCUCAUCACUUUCCAAUAUUAUAAUAAUAUAUGCUAGUUUAGUUUAGUUUAGUAGUAGUACCACAACAGCCUUCUAACCAAUUCCAUCUGAAAACUCUUGUUUCAUGCAAACCCGAAUAUGUGUCUCAUUUAUGUCCCAUGCUUCACUUUUCAUGCUUUUCUCCACUAAUCUUUAUUCUCAGCUUUUCGUCCUCAAACAUCGUCCUUGUUUUCAUUACUAGGAAUCCCCUCGUCCUUUUUCUUAUUGGGGUUCCGGAGAUGGGAAGGGAUUGGUAUUGGAGUAGUGGGGGGCCAAUGGCUAAACCUUCCUCCACCUCCAACAGAACAACAUCAGAGAGAGACUCUGCUCAAACUACUCUCUCUGGUUGCAUCACUGCCGUCUUUCACUUGUUUGGUUCCCAUCGUUUCCGUUGCCAUUUAAAACACCACACCAGUCGUAGCAAGCUUCCCUCUCUUCUCUCUCGAGACUCCACCAUUAAAGGUACAGACACAGAGGAGGAAGCCUCAACGUUAACUUCAGCUUCAUUCACAUCGACCACUAAAGAAGAAGAAUUUUUAAAUAUCCCUACGGGAAUUCAAAUCAAAACACGUUUAGACAUAAGGUCAAAAGCUGGUGCCCCAAAUAAUGAGACCCCAGGGACCAGGACUCCUACUUUGGUUGCUCGACUGAUGGGUCUUGAUCUUCUUCCUGAAAGCCACUCGCCAUCGUUUCAAGCUAAGUCACGUUUAAGCCACCAUAUUCAAUCCUCAAAGUCUGGUCAAAAAAGUUCAUUGCAUGGUGAUAUGAGGGGCGGCACUCGCUCAUUGCCGGAAACUCCAAGACCAUCGUCUGCAAGGAGGUCAGAUGUGGAUUAUCAUCAUCAUCGCCUUUCGCUUCAAAUCAACAAAGAAAACAUGAGCGCUUGUGAAGAGUUGGUUAUGUCUCGUCUCUCAUCACUGAAAAUGAAAAAGUUCAAAAAUGAAUAUGAAAUAGUGGAGCAGGUUAAAGAGAGGCUUAAAAGGAAAGUUGGUAUGAAUAUAACCAACGCAGUUCGCAACAGACAGCGAGACAGAGAAGAGCUUGUUAGCAAAUUUAAGUUCAAGAGAAUUUCCAGAGCUUUAACCAAAGUUGCUGAUGUUUCAAGCAUUGUCAACCACUCGAAACAUUCCAGUUCAAUAGAGUUUAGAUUCUUGGAAUCCAAAGGCAAACCAGACAAAAAUUCAUCCACUAAUUAUCAUAAUCUUCAACCACCAAAAUUAUCAUUUUCAUCAUCUCCUGAUAUUGAUAUCCAGCUUCAGCCCAUCAGAGUGUUACCAAAGCCCAAGUUGCAGGCUAUUGAAGAGGAACAAGAAGAGCAACACAAGCUGCAGCAGCAGCAGCCAAGAGCCGUUAGCAAAUGCAAGAAAGGGCCCAAUCAAAAGUUCAUUUCACGACUGAAAAAACCUCAACAAGCAUCGGAAAUCAUCCGAAGCAAGAAAGAAGAGCCUUUCGUUCGUCCUUCCAGACUUGACAUUCCCGACAAGAAAUGCAGGAAAACCCAUCUCCUCAACACCACGGUCCCCACCCUUCUUCCGGCUCCGGCCGCAAAAAUCCCACAAAAAAAGGUCUUAGAUGCUCAAAGACCGAAAUAUAGCUCACAGUUAUCUAGUUCGACCCAAACGUAUGUCAAACAAGAACCGAGGCAGGCACAGGUUUUCACCAUCUCCACCGCUAGCAAUGAAGCUGAAUAUGAGUACAUCGCAAGAAUACUAAGACGUAGUGGCAUAGACAAAGAUACCCCAGUGUCCUUCUCGUCCUGGUUCUCUCCUUCCCAUCCUCUUGAUCCGUCCAUUUUUAACUAUGUCGAACGUUUCACUACUUGUUCUGCUAAUGAUAAUGGUAAAUUGAGUCAGCGGUGCAAUAGAAAGCUACUGUUUCAUCUGGUGGAUGAACUGUUGAGUGGAAUUUUGAAGCCUUAUUUUAAUAUGAAGCCUUGGGUCAUUAGGGUCGGCCCUGGUUUUAGUUACAUGGAUGGGUCUCAACUAAUAGACACCUUGUGCUCGAAAAUCAGAAGGUUUCCUCAAUCUGAUUGUCGAGUUCUUCAAGACAUUGAUGCCUUAAUUGAUAAAGAUUUGCCAGACAUUAAACUCCAGAGUGUAAUGGCGUACGAGGAAGAAGGGGAAGCGAUUGUGGCGGAGUUAGAGAAGGGCAUCUUAGAGGCGCUGCUACAUGAAAUGGCAGUUGAGUUUGGUGUACGGCUUUGAACUUGCCAUGGCGGUUUCCAAAACUGAUACGGCAGCAUUUAGUUUGUGUGAGAGAGAGGGGAAUGGGCGUUAUGACUUAUGAGAUGCUAUUUCGUGGAGGUCCAUACGGAAAUGAAAAGAUUGUAAAAUUCUUUUAUUGACCAGUACUAAAUUGUAAUUCAGUAACUAUCAUCAAUGUAUUUUUAUUUUAGUAUGUAUAACAAAGUGUUUACAGUAUUGUAAACUUAAAA